ACCUGAUCGUUUCCAUGUUCAUGGCAUCCUCCGGUUAUGCAGUGAUAAUUUGGUUGUGAAUGGUCAUGGCUGGCAAAUGUCACAUGUCGAUUUUAUGUCUAAUCGAUGUUAUAAACAAACUGACCACUUGAAUGCGUAAUGGGGGCUUUUAAAAUAAACGAUGAACCGGCACGCGCAUCAUAGAUGUGUUUUGAUUAUAACGUUACCUCAGCUUAUUCAUGACAGUAUGACGAGAUGGCAAAAGCAGACCAGCGUUUCGGGCAGAGAGAUGGAUCCGAUCAGAACUUUGACUACAUGUUCAAGCUCCUGAUCAUUGGCAACAGCAGCGUAGGCAAGACCAGUUUCUUAUUUAGAUAUGCGGACGACUCCUUCAGCAACUCUUUUGUCAGCACGGUCGGCAUCGACUUUAAGGUGAAGACUGUUUACAGGAACGACAAAAGAGUUAAACUUCAGAUAUGGGAUACAGCUGGACAAGAGCGAUAUCGAACUAUAACUACGGCUUACUAUAGAGGAGCCAUGGGCUUUAUCCUGAUGUAUGACAUCACCAAUGAAGAGUCAUACAAUGCAGUCCAGGACUGGGCAACACAGAUCAAAACCUAUUCUUGGGAUAACGCUCAAGUGAUAUUGGUGGGAAACAAAUGUGACAUGGAUGAGGAGAGAGUGGUCCCUUUCGAGAAGGGGAAGCACCUAGCCGACCAGUUGGGCUUUGAAUACUACGAAGCGAGUGCCAAAGAGAAUAUAAACGUCAGACAAGUGUUCGAGCGUCUGGUUGACAUUAUCUGCGUGAAGAUGUCGGAGCGAGUCGAUGCGGAUCCAUCCAUGGUCACCGGCGCCAAAGCUACCCGGCUAACCGAUAAGCCGCCCCAGCUACCUCAAAAUUGUUGCUGAUUUCAAUCUUUCCUCAUAAGCCAAUCCGUGGAUGCGACGUUGUUUGGAGUUUUUCGUGUGGCAAUCGAAACCGACCUGUUAGUUUGUAGCUGUCAAACACAUGAAGUAGUUCGGUAACAAUAGCACCUCUAGAGUCUAUAGAAAACUCAAAAGCAGGGACUAGAAAAAAAGCACAAAGCUAUAUGGCUAUCAGAACUUCAGUGUUCACUGCCGACUACGUUUAAAACACGUGGCACAAACUUUAAAGUUAUAUUUCAAUUGUGGUAUAUAUAUAUAAAGUAGUUUAAUGGUGGUUGAUAAUGCUUGGUUUACAGUAUAUAGUUUAAAUGUCAUUCCACUUCUAGUGACUAUCAAAAGAAACAAUAAAAUAAACGUCGGACAACUGCAGGCUAUAUUACUGAAUAUUAUGCAGAGUUCAAGGUUUUCAAGGUGCUCUUGUUAUUUAUUUGACCGACAGGAAUUGCACAUUGGAUGUUGGACUCCAUCUAUAACUGCUGGCACAGUAUGCAUUGAGAGUAUGAGCACUUACGUUCACGUUAAGACGAAAAACAACUUUGAUGUUAAACUUACGAUGAAAAUGUAUGUCUUAUACUCAAAUAUAACAUGUGAAAUUUAGUAUCGUCAAAAGCCAUCCGUAACAGUUACUGUAUGCGUACUAAUAAUAGUGACUGGACACAAUCGACACAUUCCAUUGUUCGGUUUCUUAUCAAAUAUAUUUAUUAAUCAAUAAAAUCCUUAAGCGAAACGUUGCAAAUAAAUAUAUCGUGAACUCGUGCCAGGAUGUCUUUAUAUAUCAGAAACUUGUAGCAAAUCCGUGUGGAUUGGUGUACGUAUAACCUACUUUGGAUUUUUAUCAAGUGACGUUAUGUACGAGUGGCUUAUGUAAUUAUAGUAGAAAGGAUUAUUCCAAAUGAGAUAUUUUUAAUUCAGAUGUCAUAGGCAACAUUUUUCGUAGUAGAUACUGUAUUUAUUUUUAUGCCGUUGGUUCCUUUAUCGGGAAUAUAUACUGUAGAUGUGAUUUUGCCAUCAAGUGUAUUUUGAGUUGUAGACAAAUUGCACUGGGGUGUAAAGUGAUUGUACAGUUGUGAAUGUUACUUUUAGAUGCAAUUUGUAACAAUAAAAGCACAAAUCACAUAUAAAA